CCACUGCCUUACCCUGAAGGUCAUUUUCUGUCUUCUGCCUUAGUCAAAAGGGAAGUAAGCUUUUCUUAUUCCAGUGCAGGUGGAAAAAUAAUUUUCCUCUUGUUUUUCCCCUAUUAAAAUGUAAUAUGUUUACUUCCAAUAUGGCUCUCAAACAUUUUUCUAAUGUAAAUGUUGUUGACUAUAUUUAAAACUGAGCAAGAAAUGAGUAAAAUAAGAAGAGAUCUGGAUUACAGUGAUAGUUAUGUUCAAAACUUCCACUGUAAACAAUGUGAUGAUUUUUUUAAUCAGAAUUUUAAAAGUAGGGGACAACAUCUGGUUUCAGUGUUGUGAGCAGUACGUUUUAGGUUUCUCAGGUUUUUCCAUGCCCUGGCAGAGGUGCCCCAGAUGUCACAGAGGAUCCCUGUGAGGUCAUGCAGCAGCUCUGCAUGGUCAUACAGGUGGCCCAUCUUACGCCACACCAGGCUCAGGAGACGCCACUCCACACUCGUGGCCUCAAAGGCACAAGCGAGUGGUGGCUUCUGCCAAUGGGCAGCAUGGGGCAACCGUGGGGGGCCUCCUCCCCCAAUCGCUUCUUCCUCCUCCUCCUCCUCCUCCUCCUCCUGGCAGCCCUGUGUGUCAGGGACAGCUGGGCGGCUCCGCUGGGAGCAGUACUUCAAGCUCUUCCCCUGGAGAGUGCUUUUCCACCUGCUGGCCUGCGUCCUGGGUUUGAUCCUGAGGAGCAUCACAAGGGUGUGCCUCUAGGCCGUGUAUAUAAAGCGAUGAGGCAGAAGCCUGUUUUCCUGGCCUCUCAGCAAGAUCUCUUCCCUGAGCCUCAGCAAGAUCCCAGGUAUGUGGACGCAGGUGCCGGCUCUGCGUCUCAGUGGGAUCCUGAUGUAGAGCCUUGGAGGGAACGCAUGGGUGCUGGUGAGAAAAAUCCACAGGCUGCAGAUUGCCAACAGCCACUAACGUACCGUGCAGCUCUGGCGCUGGCCAUCCUGGCGUCCAUAGUCUUUCUGGCAGCUUUGGGUCAACUGGUUAAAUCACUGCUGAAGAAUAGGAAACAAGAACCACAGCUUCCUCUUGUCAAUGUUGCCUCAGAGACAGACGCAGCUACAAGUGAAGCCAAAGCAAAUUCAGAAAAAGAAAGAAAACUCACCCAAAUUGCCAUGGAAAUAGAAGAACUCGCCAAUAAGUGGACUUAAUACAAUAGCUGAAGACUGUGGAAACACUUUGCCCUCCUGCUGUCAGCUCCAAAGGAAAGGAGAAAGGUCCCUCUUCUGCACCAGGAGGUGCUGGUCUGUUAUGAAGCCAGUCAGAAAGGCACUCACACUCUGUACAGCAUCGUUUUCAAGACUCUUAGAGCCUCAGCUGGAACAAAAGCAAGAGAGGGUGAUACAGAUAGUCUCAUGGCCCUUCAGAUGGUGGGAACCCCGAGUCGCGCAGCACCGAGCGGGCCUCCGACCAGCAUGCAGCACACCAGGCAGACCCCAGCUGUAGACCAGGUUACCCAUUUUG